UGACAAAAAAUGGAAUUUUUUCUAUAAAAUGUAAAUAAAAUUCGAAAAUCUUUAAACUAGCGGUUGAUUGAACCUUUUAGAAGUUACUGUACUAAACUCACCACGCCGCAUUCCAACAUUAGCAUCAGCUGUUAGCGCUGUUUACGCUGAUAAGACCAAUUUGGUUGGUGCAAGAAAAAUUAGUGGAGCGGCGAAUUUACUUCUCUGGCAGAAAAAGUUAAGAGAUGCGACCUAUAUGUCGCCAACCUUAUACUAGAGGCCUCUUAAUACAACCCGCUAAAACAGUACUUAAUUAUCUUUUGCGUAUAUAUGGUGAUAAAUCAGACAAAAUUGAGAUUCCACCCGAACCCACAACAUGCUGCAUGUCUGGUUGUGCGAAUUGCGUUUGGAUCGAAUAUGCAGAGACCUUGUCAAAACUUUUCGAAGGUAACGACGAAAAGGCGAGACAAAUUAUAUUAAGUAAAAUAACCGAUCCAAAUUUGAAAAUGUUUUUAAGUAUGGAGUUGAAAAAUAUUGCACAAAGCAAAGCCGUUGAAACCAGUACGAGUACUUCGAAAAAGGAUUAAUAGCCGCUAUGGAAAGAUAUUAGAUAAAAUGUUUGCCUCCCACUCUUAUUUAACAAUAAACUAAAUAUAUUUAUAUUCUAUACAAAAUAAGUGCAAAAUAAAAUAGUUUACAUACAUAUAUAAA